GCUAUUCUUUGUCUCACACGUGGCCUUGAAUUGCGUGCUUGGUUUUCAACUCACACCUAACGCUUCACCUCUCAAAUCCUCAAUUCAUCUUCUCCCUUUCUUCUAAAAUCUAACCCGGUCAACUCAGGAAAAAAGAAAGGAAAGAAAAGUGAGUAUUAGAGACUGAGAGACAGGUUUUGAGAAAGAGGGGAAGGAAAUGGUGAGAGAAAAGUGAGAAAAAGAGGGGGAAAAAAAGCAAGAGUAUAGAACGAAAGAGAGAAGCUGAGAUUACUCACAGAGUCAGUCAUUGGACGCUGUAGGAGGUUUCUCUCUUUUCCUUGCUGACUGUCCGACUGUUGGCUUAGGAACUUAGGGUAAGUUUAAUUUUUUUUUUUUACCAGGGGCGCCCGCCCCUGGGUCGCCCCCUGUAUAUCCGCCGCUGUACGUAUGUGAUUAGCUCACACGCCCAAUUAAGCAAUCAGCCUGUGCUGAAAGUUCAACUCAUCUCAGGCAAAUUACAUUUGAUUUUUCCUCACCAGGAACCACAAAACAGGCUAUAAAUGAAAAUCGCAACAAAUGUGAAAUUAACAAAAAGUACACAACAGGAUUUAACAUGAUGGGUUUAAGGUUCCAUUUAUGUUUCUUGGUUUUGUGUGGGACUCUUAUUAUCCCAACCAAAUGCCUUGCUCAAACCUGCCUGCCGGAGGAUCAUGUUGCCUUGUUCGUUUUCGGGGAUUCACUUUUUGAUGCCGGAAACAAUAACUAUAUCAACACCACCAAUGAUUACCAGGCAAAUGUUUGGCCCUAUGGCGAAACUUUCUUUAAGUACCCCACUGGGAGACCUUCUGAUGGCCGUCUCAUUCCAGAUUUCAUAGCUGAGUAUUCAAAGUUGCCAUUGACUCCACCAUAUCUACACCCUGCUGGUUAUCAUCGAUACACUGAUGGAGCUAACUUCGCAUCAUCAGGAGCUGGUGCUCUCGUUGAAACUCAUCCAGGAUUGGUGAUAGACCUAAACACUCAACUCAAAUAUUUCAAGAAUGUGGAGACGAUGUUGAAGCGAAAAGUAGGUGAAACACAAGCCAAGAAAUUGUUGUCGAGGGCUGUUUACUUAAUUAGCAUUGGAAACAACGAUUACUUAGCCCCUUUCACUACAAACUCCAGUGUGCUUCUAUCCUACUCUCCUCAAGAAUAUGUAGAUAUGGUGAUUGGCAACUUGACAACCGUGAUCAAAGAAAUACAUACGAAAGGAGGAAGAAAAUUUGGGUUUCUAAGCUUGCUACCGCUGGGUUUUCUUCCAUAUACGAAAGCCUCAGCACCAGGAAACAGUGAGGAAAUUACAGCACUGGUUAAACGGCAUGAUAAAGCACUCACUCAUGCCUUACAAAUCCUCACGAGCCAGCUGAAAGGAUUCAAAUAUUCAUAUACCAAUCUCUACAAUUCUAUCACCGAAAGAAUGAAUAACCCUUUAAAAUAUGGUUUCAAAGAAGGGAAGAUGGCAUGUUGUGGAACUGGUCCAUACAGAGGAAUUCCAAGUUGUGGAGGGAAGAGAUCAGUCAAAGAGUAUGAAUUAUGUGGGAAUGCCAGUGAAUAUCUGUUUUUUGACUCUGCUCAUCCAUCUGAAAAGGCUAACGAGCAACUAGCCAAGCUAUUUUGGAAUGGAAAUCUUGAUGUCACAUGGCCUUACAAUCUAAAAGCACUUAUUGAACAUAAGUGAGAGGGAGAUUAAUUAACUCACAAUCAAUUAUUCAUUUUGUUUACUGCACUUUCCCUUCUAUAUAUGUCUUCUUUUGAAACUCGAGAGUUUGUACUAAACUAUAUAUGCACUUGAGAAGAUGCAUUAAAGUAAUAAGGAUUGGAUGUUCUAAUUC